CCAGCCUCAGUAACACGCUCGCACAGCGCCCCCUACAGACCACCGCCGCCUCCGGUUCAUGUUACUACCGGGGCUGUUUGUGUUUCUGGUUCCAGGAACAACAAAAACAUGUUCGAGCGCCGCGGACUGAAGCGUCAAACCCGCCGCGGCCACCGGCACUGACACGGCUUCGAUUCUACCGACUGCUAUAUGAUUCCCGUCGAGUUCACGGCCGACAACCCAGAACGAUGCCGCAGAAAGCACUGGGAUCCAUUGUAGCUCUUCUUUGUACCGGGGCCUGUCUGGUGCAGGCAAAAGAGUUCUGUUUUGGGGUCAACAAUGAACAGUAUCGCUGUGAGAUGGGGUACUGCUGUGGAGAGACUGAAUGCUGCACCUACUACUAUGAGCUCUGGUGGUUCUGGUUAGUGUGGACCUUGAUCAUCAUGCUGAGCUGCUGCUGUGCCUACCGACAUCGGAGGGUCAAGAUGCGCCUGCAGCAGGAGCAACGUCAACGUGAGAUCAGCCUCAUGGCCUACCAAGGAGCCUCAAGCUCCUUCAUCUCCCCUCCACCACUCAAUCUAAGGUUUUGGAACGACUGCAAACUUCCUGACUAUGAGGAGGUGGUAGGCCAUCCCCCAACGCCACCCCCCCCUUACUCUGAAAACCCUCCAGAGACCGUUCCAGCACUCCCUCCACAACUAUGCCAGCCAGACCCUGACGCAGUCCCACAACCCCUGGCCCAGGCAGACCCGAAUUGUGAGGCUGCGAGCUUGCCGCUGGAACAGGAAGCGGUGUCAAUGUCAAUCCAGGCUCAGUGUCUGGAGGAGGAGAAUGCGGAGGCUUCUCUGGUGGCCGCAGAUGAAGACGAGGAGCUCAUCACUCGGCGUCGGCAUGUGACCGGUGACUCAGGGAUUGAGGUGUGCGUUUGCCAGCUAGACGUGGACGAGGGCUCGGGGCUUGAGGAGGAAAGUGACGAGGAGCACCGGAUGUGCAAGGUCACCGGUGGGGACUGCUGCUCUGGGCAUCAGCAGCAAACCUUCAGACAGAAGGCGCACGCCCCUGAGCUUCCCUGCCAGACCGCCAGCACCAGCACUGGAGACCACAUGGUGUGAUCCGCAGCAUAAAUAACCAGCCAUUCAAUUCGGCUUUCCGCUUCACACAUGGGGAAAUGAUAAAGCUGUUGCCAUCAUCAUCAUCACCAUAAACACUGUCUGUGUUUUAAUUCUUUGAACUAACACAUAGGCAUGAGGUUAAGAUGAUGAUGAUAACUAAUCAUUACUGGCUCCUGAUGAGAAAGAUGAAUAACAAAUUAUGUGGAUAAAGUCCAGGCUACAUUUUUUGCUUUGCUUUUGUGUAGUGGAUAAACCAGCAAACACCUACUACACCAUUUGGGUUUUUUCUCCUUAGUGUUUAGUAAGACAUUGUCAUUGGGCAGUGAGAAGGCAGCAAUUGAUUGUGACUGAAAUCAGAAUUAACUGUUUCCCUUGCUCCUACACGACCUUUGAGCACUGCCAUCAUGUUUCCAUUUCUUUGUUGUCACUCUCCUCGCUCAGAACAUUUUCGGGCCUCCACCUCCAGUGGUCAUCCUAGAGCAUACCAACACGGUCAACAUUUCUCCCCACGGCCUCACUUGACCAGUCAGAGGAGUCAAAAAUAAACUUCUUGAUAACUCAAGAUGAUGCUGGAUUAAUUGACAGGCCCCACGCAUUUCAUUUCCCCCCGAGGGUCUUUGAUGCGUGAGAGUUUGUGUGUGUGUGCUGUGAAAUCUAGGGUCAUGGCAAUCAUCGUCUGGUGCCCUGUGGUCUGUGGGAGGUUUUGCAUCUAGAUUAGGGGGGAGGUGGUGGAGGGGACUAACCAGCAACAAAUAGCAGAGGCAGCGACAGGAAAGAGCUACGGUUUUGUUUUGCUCUAAAUGUCAUACAUCCUCCCUUCAGCAGCUUGUUUUCUCUUUUUGAUAUCCAUAUUGUGUUCACCACCAGUUCACCACCACAUCUUUUUGUGAUUUAUUGAUUGAUUGCAUGUGAUUUCCCCUCUUUGGUAUCUGACUGCAUUUGAGUGAUAGUAAUUGACAAGAGGGUAAUGUCACCAAUUUCUUUUUAAAUAAAAAGCCUUGUGGUGGCUCCAGGAUGGAGACAUGUAUUUCUCAGUAUAUUGCUUGGAUGUAACUAGGAAGGAUGUACUUUUUAUACAUAACCAGCUGUGCUUCAGUAGAUGCUACAGGGGUCACUAUUAAUUGCAACAAUGCUCCUGACGGGGGCUGCAGCAGUGCAUACUCAUAUGGGUGUUUUAGUGCAGUAGGGAAGAUAUCUUGUGUGUUUGUCUGUAAAGUGCUGUAGCACCUGGUUGAAAUAUUUACUCAGCACUGAGGUGGAUAACAAUUAAAGCACUGUUUUUUUUGCAUGAGGCAUGAAUAUCGAUGUUUAUAUUUGAGUUUGUUAGCUUUUCUCUAGCGGCUGUGCUAGUUUUCAUUUGCCCAUCUGUAAGUCACAUUGAUUGUGGGCUACAGCGGCAACACGACUCCGCACCCAGAUGUUGGGGUAAAGAAAUAGACUGAGGUUUAAGCUCAGAUGCUCUGGAUCUAGUUUGAUUGUGUUGUUACUGCCGUCUGAGUUGUGCUACGCUGUGCUUCUAUCUAGUUAGCCGGUGCUGUCGUGGCUCUGUGGCCCCUACAGCUCUUGGCAGCGUGAGGGAUUUGCAGUGGUAUUUUCCACUGGCAGCAGAGGGGGGGUGCAGUAGAAAGCUGAGGCGGAUGCAGGCUCCAAUGUGCAGUUUGGUCAGCGAUGACACAGCUGCAGAAUCUAUUGUGAUCGACUGCACGCUGCACAGCCUUGGGUGUUGCUUGCUGUGUGUAUUGUAUGUAUUCAUAGCAUAGCAGGCGAACUAGGUGUUGUCAGACAGGAAAUUAAACGGUUAAUGUUAGAAGAUUUUUAAAAAGUCAUUGUGCAAGACAAAAAGUAACUGAUGAGUAGGUGAAUGUUAAAUUGAGAAAUUUAAUUUGGAAGAACUUUUUGUUUGUCAGCUCUGAAACUGUGUGACAAAAUGUGCACAGUGUAAAGACUCAGGUCUGUCAUUCUGCUUCAUGCAAGCACACUCAGCACGCUCACUAAACACUGCUCCAAGGUAAAGUGAAAGAUGCCCUGAACAGUCUUGAGCAUUCUCAUGACUGAAUUUGUUACUUAGAAAGACUCCAAACACAUCCUGUAGCUGAAAACGUGUUGAGGAGUGUCAACAUUUUAUGCUUGUAAAAUAUAUUUAGUCAAACAUAGAAAUAGCUGGUUGUAAUAUGACAAGGACAUGUGAGGGAAAUUCUUGGCCACUCAACAGGACUUGAUUCUGGGUUCUGCACAUUAAAGUAUGUAAAUAUUGCAGCUCAGUGGCCUAUGAAAGUUUGUCCUCAUUCCUCCCUCCAGCAGCAGCUCUGUUCUGGUUCUGCUCGUGUCUCUGUGUUCCACUAUUCGAGCUGGAGAACUUACUGUUGUGGGAGAACAAUAUAAAAGGGCCAGUGCACCAAAUAUCUGAAUAUAGAGUGAAACAAAAUGAAUGCACAGCUGCCUAAAGCUUAGAAUGAAAGAUAUUUUAGUUUCUUGCUGCAUUAGUGUAAAGUUUGCAGUCCUUGUGUUGCGUAGUUGAGCAGGUGCAUAAAUACAAAGCCACGCUAACAUGACAAUGACCUUUUCAGAGGAGCUGUUACACUGUGAGCGUCAUUGCACACAGAUUAGCGGAAGUAACAUUAAGACCUUUUUUGACCAACACACCUCAAGCUGCCUUGCUGCAUCUCUAGAGAGCAAAUGUCUUGAUUAUAGAAUUGCACAAUAAAAUCUAGCCUCUACGCAGUACUGAUGUGCUACAGCCUUAUUAGAGUAGAUGUAGUUAAGUGUGGUUUUUAUGUUUUUCCUUUGAAUGGUAUAUUUGUGGUUUUUCCGAGCAUGAUUAGCGCAGUUUGAAUCUGAGGGGUGGUUGUGUUGAAUUUAAAAUACUGUGUCUUGUUCGUUGUGGCACUGAUGGAAUUUGUCAACACCAGAUUGUUGAGCUUGCGCUCGCUCUGUUUUGUUCCAAGGAUCUGGUCAUGAUUAGUUUGUGAAAUUAACUGGCAUGAAGAAAAUAAGAAAAAAAAAUCAUUUUAUUUCCUUUGGUAUCUUUGUGACUCAUCCUAUCUGUGUUUUGCAUUCGGGGGACAAAUAUUAACUCCAGCAAGAGAGUUCAUGCUAAGGUUCAGUUUAGCUUAUUUGUAUAGAUAUGUAGACAUAACAGCUGAGGGGAGUGAGGGAGUGAAACGUUUUUUUUGCGUGUGUACUGGAGGUCCAUAGUUUUCCCAUUGCCAAACAACUACUAUGCCUCCCUGAUUUUUCACAUGUUUACUGAGUACAAGGGCUAUAUACACACAUCCAUCCAUGUCACUGAGCGGUUCAUCUGCCCUGAGCUGUUCAUUUAAAGCCGCAGCUGCUGAGCUCCAGCGUCUGAACAGAUAUUUUGCGAUUUGAACAUGGUCAGUGUUUGGAUGUGGACGUCCUGUAAAUUUAUGGCAGAGCUCAUAUUUAACAAUUGCUGAUUGUAAAUGACUAUGUUUGUUUUAUAGGCUCUAACUUUGCCUUUUUUGCUUUCGUCGACCUCAACAGAGGUGCGUGGUGCGACAUCUCCCCUCCCCCCAAUGAGAACAAUUCUUUCAAAUGUAAGUAAUACAUGUGUGAUUAUGUCUGAGAGUUUUUGCUUCUCUCCGUCGGCUCUCUGUGGACCGUGACUCCACCCUCCACCGAGUCUUGGUAACAGAGAAAACAGCAGAUGCUCCGGCAGUCGACAGAAUACUUUACCAAAGUCGUUGCCAUCUCCACACUUGUUUUCCCCACUCUGUUUGUGUGUUGGCAUGACAACGAUGUGUUUGGUUUCCCUCUCUCUCAGGGUCAUCUUUAACCAAGCAGUGCUAGAGUAUGAAAUUAUACUUUUUUUUUUUACCUGUCAGUCUCAUUAAGCCAAAGCGGUUGUUUCGUUGGCCAUCGUCCUUUUUUAUUUCUGCGUCACGCAUCUCUGUAGUGUAUCGUACUUUACUCGACUAGGCUAUGCAAAAACAUAAACCUACUGUUAAAUGCUGCGCCCUCUGUCUCACUUUCUCCGUCGUGUAUCUGUGAGCACUAGUACAAGCAAUAUAACUCUCAGUACUUGUGUCACUUCACUGUACUGUAAUCUACUUUUGGUUGGUCUGUGUACAUGUAAUAUAAUAUACUUGUAAUGCUACUACAAUGAUGCGGUGCGUAUGUAAGCUUCAGUGUCGGCUGAGGGAGUUUGAGUUUAAAAUCCAUUCUUCAUAAUAUUUUAUUUCUUCUCCUCUGUUUGGCUUUUUCAACCAUUGAAUUGUUUUCAUCCGACUCAUGAAUAAACCACAUUAUUAAGCUGUAUAAGUAGAAGAAAAGUUUAACAUUUUUUUGGGGGUAAAUUCUUAUUUGGUUAUCUUUGGUCUGUUUGAGACUUUCCCAUCCUACACAUUUGGUGCACUAAUUCAGUGCACCUGCUUUUUUCCAUCUUCAUGAAUUGUCAUUGAAUAUUUAACUGUUGCCUUUAACCCACAGAUAUAAUGAUACUAUCAGUUUCUACAUUUUUAUAGAUUAUGCAUUUGACAGACUUUGACAUGAACCACGGUCGGAUCACAUUAGACCAGCACAUAUUAGACGGAUACAGUAAUUAAUUGUGGACCCCUUAACUCUGAAUUUAUAAAAUAAUAAAUUAUAGCCUCAUGUUUCUGUCAUGCAACAGGGAAACUGCUUUUUUCUAGAUGAUACCAAACAGAUGCAGGUUCUGUUUUUUUUGUUUUUUACCAAAAUGAGAAACACCCUGGUUUGAGAAGGAAGCAGGCAUCUACAACCACACAUUAGACUCUUUCUACAUUGUUUUCCUAAUAACUUUAAACAAGCCAAAAUGAGUAAAGUGGGAAAAAAAGGAAAAAAUUAAAGCACUGAAUUACAGAUGAAUAGAAUGCUUUGGUUUUAGUAAAGAAGUCUGCUGUGUACUCUUUGGGUCAUCAUUUGUAUUUUAUUUUUUUAAUAAAACAAACAUUGGCACUCA